UGGCAGCUCUUCCUUUGAAGAACUCCAGGCCUCAAGAGGGCAGAUAACCCAAAAACACGGGAGGAACUAAAAAAUUGAGCCAGGAUUUCUGGAGGGACUACUUUUACAUGCGCACCUGGCAGAUAAGCAUGGGUAUAAAAUGUUUGGUCCUCAACAUACACACAGCUCAUUGUUCAACCCUAAAGACUCAACUGGCCAGGAGAGGUGGUCUGUGAUAUCUGCUCUGAGGUCCAAGCUGUGAAGUUCUGUCUGACCUGCAGUGUGUCCUACUGUGAGACCCACAUCAGACAGCACUAUACAAUACCUAAACUAAAGAGACACACACUGGUGGAGGUGACUGGAGACCUGGAGGAGAGACUCUGCCAACAUGACUACAGUCCUCUGGAGGUGUUCUGCAGGACAGACCAGAUGCUGAUCUGCAGUCAGUGUGCAGAGACAAACCACAAAGGACAUGAUACCACCCUUCUUAAGAUAAAGACAUCUGGAAGACCGCCUAAGAGUUUUGAUGGAGACCAACACACAACGUUGACCUCAGAUGAUGUGCUGCCCCCUCCUGGUGACUUUCAGGUCCUGUUGCUGACAUUAGAUUCUGUGUCUCUGAGCUGGAGUUCUCCUCUGGGGCUGACAGGACCACAGACAUUCAGAGUGACUUGGGGGUGUGAUGGUGAAACAAGCUCAACAAGAGUGAAAAAUGUGUAUCAUCUUAAAAUAAGCAGUCUCAAACCUGGUAAAAAGUACGACUUCAGUGUGGCUAGAGAGGGAGAAGAUGGCAGACAAAGCAGAUGGGUCUCAGCAUCUUUAUUCACAGUGGUCCCACCCAGAGAUUUAAAGGUAGACCAUUUGAAAGAUACCUCCUUCACUCUCCACUGGUCCAAGGCUGAAGGAAUGGAGGAAGUCCCACAACGCUUCCUCAUAUCCUACUGUAGACCAGGAACAGACCUCCAUGCAGAGAAUACUAAAGACUGCCACACAACAUUCUCAAACCUGCAACCUGGUACUCAGUACACUGUCAGCAUCUCAACUGUGCUGAACAAUGGGGAAGAGAGUGAACCAGUCUAUACAACCAGCUGCACUAUACUUCCUGCUCCAGACCAGCUGACUGUUGACUCAGUGGACACCACAUCAGCUGCUGUUAGCUGGAACCAGCCACCAGGAUUGAACCAAACCCAACAUCAUUACCAGAUCUCCUACCACUGUCCAGGGACAAAACCACACAUCACUACCACAUCUUCACACAGCAUCACUCUCUCUGACCUGCAAUGUGGUACUCAGUACUCAGUCCCUGUCUGCACUGUGCUGGAGAAUGGAAAGCAAAGUCAACUGGUGUCAACAGCCCUCACCACAAGUAAGGAAGUACCCUACUAUAACCGGUGUCAAGUAUUAAAAGUGUAGGCCUUGAUUCAUAAAUAAUUCCACUUAUUCAUAAAGUCAUCCAUUUGUUUAUAAGUUUAUAUUCUACCGACCAUAAUUUGCAUUAAGUUUAUAUUCUGCUGACCAUAAAUGUUAGUCGUUGCAGCCAAGAAGCCGUGUUCAACUGAAAAAGCAGGGAAACUACUACAAUGAGUGUGAUGUUUCCGUUUAAGAAAGAAUGGGACAGCACUAACAUAAACUACAAUAGAACUCUGAGGACUCAAGGAUGCUCGAUUUCUUUCAUGGGUGAUGUCGUCCUUCUGUUCACUUUGUGGAUUGAACAUUAUUUUACAGAAAAGGGCAGUUUAUCAAUGUGCUAACAGGAAGAACAUAAAGCUUAAAGUUAUGUCAAAGGUAACAAGUGUCCUUCUAAUCUAACAGAACAUAAGGUCCGGAUUGUUCUGGUGGGGAGGACUGGAGCUGGGAAG